AUGACGGCUGACGGUAGGGCGGACAUCUGUAUGUCAAAUUAUUUAUUUAUAUUAUUUGUGAACCUAGGUGUAUUGGGAUAUUAUAAAAAAACUGUUUUAAAACAGUAUCAAAUGAGAUAAAUGUCUACAGAGCCCAUAAAAAUGCCGUCAGCAACGAAAGAGAAGGAUUCAACGAUCCUCAAAAUCGCAGUGGAAAUGUUAAAUGCUCCUGACAAAGUACCCCAGCUUAUAGAAUUCGAUCAAAGUCAACCUCUUUCAAGUAUUAUACAGCUCCUGUGUAAGACUUGGGGUUUACCAGACCCAGAGAACUAUGCUCUACAGUUUUCCGAAACCAAUAACCAGAAUUAUAUUACAGAAAAGAAUCGGAAUGAGAUAAAAAACGGCUUGGUGUUGCGACUAGAACAAUCGCCUGCUAAAACAGUGCAGGACAUUUUAGCCAAAAUAAAUUCAGGCACUGAAAUUGAGCAAACCAUUGCACUAACCAAACUGGCAACAUUGAGUAGUGAUCUCACAUUUGCUGUUGAAUUUAUCAACAAAAAAGGGUUGUCACUCAUCAUCAGCACAAUUGAAAAUGGAAGGUUCAAAGGGAAUUCCUUGAAAUUCGCUCUAGUCACAUUUGUAGAGCUUAUGGAUCAUGGAAUUAUAUCUUGGGACAUACUAGAGAAUCCUUUCAUCAAUCGAGUUGCAAGUUACAUAAACAAUCAGACGACUGCACAAGACCCUAAAGUCAUUCAAGCAUCUUUAUCUAUACUUGAAAAUAUUGUGGUUAACAGCUCUGGUAAGAAGUCUCAUGUUGAAAAGGAAAUAACAAUUCCAAGUCUGGUCUCACAUUUGCAGAACCCAUAUCAGGAUAGUAUUAUUCAACAAAAUGCCAUUGCUUUAAUAAAUGCAAUCUUUUCAAAAGCAGAUAACAGUAAAAAGAAGGCUAUUGCGGCAACUUUAGCUUCAAAACAGGUUCGCAAUGUUAUUUUUGAAAAUCUAAUUGCCGUGGGAGAAUUAUCCUCAAAGAAUCAAUCUAAAGAUGCCCUUGGAACUGAAUUAGCUCACCAGUUGUAUGUCUUGCAAACGCUGAUGCUUGACCUCCUAGAACCAAAAUUACGACAGAGAGCUGACUAUCACGAACAAGAGUCUCAUGAAAAGAUCAAGGAAUUGAGAAAGAUAGCUUUUGAAGGUGACAGCAAUUUCAAUAUGGAAGUGACUAUAAGACGCCAACCAGGAAGUCUUUCUAAGGACCCAAAAAAACUUGGAUUCAAGUGUGAAAUUGAUCCUAUUAAAGACUUCAAUGAAGUACCACCUGGAGUAUUGGCUCUAGACUGUAUGGUGUACUUUGCUAGAAAUUACACAGAAGAAUAUACAAAAAUUGUUUUGGAGAACAGUUGCAGAGCUGAUGAACAUGAAUGCCCCUUUGGAAAAACCAGUGUGGAACUUGUUAAACUCCUUAGUGAUAUAUUACACAUAGGAGAACCAGCAAGUGAACAAGGACAAACAUAUCACCCUUUAUUCUUUACCCAUGACCAUCCUUUUGAGGAAUUAUUCUGUAUUUGUAUUGUUUUAUUGAACAAGACCUGGAAGGAGAUGAAAGCAACUACAGAGGACUUUGUUAAAGUAUCAAGUGUUGUUAAAGAACAAAUCAGCAGGGCAUUGUCAGCAUCACCAAAAAGUUUUGAUAAGUUUCGUCAAAAAAUUAAUCAUUUGACAUAUCCUGAAAUAAGACAGAUAUGGCAACAGGAACGCACAAACAGAGAAGUAUGGGAGUCACAUGCGAAGCCAAUAGUGGAACUGCAAGACAAAAUAACUCCAGAGAUAGUUGAGUUGAUCGAACGGCAAAGGUUAGGAGUAUUAGUAGGUGGCACCAGGUUUAAAAAAUAUGCACAGAGACCACAAAGGACAAAAGACAAAUUUUGGUUUGUCCGUUUGUCUCCAAACCACAAAGUAUUACAUUAUGGGGACUGUGAUGAAAAAAGCACACCAAGUUUAGAAGAGUUGAGUAACAAACUGACAGUAUCUGAUAUCAAAUGUGUCGUGGUAGGAAAAGACUGUCCUCACAUGAAGGAAUUAAAAGGAAGGAAGAUUACUCCUCACUUGGCUUUUUCUCUUAUAUUAAAGUCUUCUGAAGUGACUUCAUUAGAUUUUGUGGCACCAGAUGAGCAGAUAUUUGAUUAUUGGACAGAUGGUAUCAACGCUUUGUUGAAAGAAAAAAUGACCAGUAAAUCAUUUAAAAGUGAUUUGGAAACUUUAUUGUCUAUGGACAUAAAAGUGAGACUACUUGAUGCAGAAGGCAUUGACAUACCUCAGGAUCCACCUCAAAUACCUGAGGAGCCAGAUGACUAUAAUUUUGUAUAUGAAAACAAUUAGAACAUUCUGAUCUAUAAUUUUACUCAGAUUUCAAAUAUAUAUAUGCAAAUAUCAAUAUGGCGGUGAUAAACUGAUUGCUUCACUUAGAUUUUGAUGAUAACAGCAGGAGGUUGUAUGAAUCAGAUAGUGUUUCCUUGAAUGCUACAUCCAGAUUCUUUACAAACCUUAAGUUAAAACAGGCUUGUUUACACUGACCAUGAUUUCUAUAUAAUAAUGAUUUGUAAACUUUUUCUAUAUUUAUAUUAUUAUAUUUAAGCAAUAUUAUAGCACAAAAUAUUAUGAGAUGAAUGUAGUAAAUUAUCCCAAUUACUAAAUUACUAUAUUCGAUAAUUUAUUUAGUGAAGACAUAGUGUAAUGAAACAAAAUAAGUUGAUUGAUAAAUCAAAGAUAAAAAAGUUCUAUACCGAAAUAUUUACUAGGUCUUAUUUUAGAAUUCAUCUGAAGUCACUACAGAUAUUAGUAUAAUUAGAUCGAUAAUGAAUUUCUAUUUGCUAUAUUUAAAACUAUAAUUUCAAUUACAACAAAAUAUUUUUCUAAAAAUUAAUAUAAUUUUUUAAUAUACUCAGUUAUUUAUACAAAAUAACUGAGUAUAUUUUUGCAGAAUCGAUAUAAUGAUGAAAUUAAAUUUUAGUGAAGUUGGAAAGAUAUCUCGGACAUUACCAAGCAUAUUCCAUUUUUAAAAUAAUGAUUUUACAGAGAAAUUGAUAGCAGAACCUGUUAUGUGCAAUACCACCUAAUAUUAUCCAUCGAUGACCUAUGGAUCUUACGACUUACCUUUUUUCAAUAUCAAUUUUAUGUAACCAGAAAUUUUGCUGGAAUUUUAAUUGGCGCGAUUUCCUUUAAAGCAUAAAAUGAUCUUUAAAAUUGUGCAGUUGUGGCAUCUAUUUGAAUGUAGUCUGGGAAGUUAACGGUAAUGGAUACUAUUGGUACUUGCCAACCGACUACGACAUACUUCCGUUGUCUACCAAACGAUCGUAGCAUAUUGAUUAGAUAUUCAUCUACUUAUAUUGUAUGAAUGUAUUUUGAGAACUUACAAAUCUUUGUAGCUAGAUAAUAGGUUUAUACUUCCAUGAAAUUGUUAAAAGUAUUUUUUAAAAGACUUGUCAGUGACGUGACAUUGUAUUUAAGUUUUAUGACGAACUAUUUUAAUUACUUGUACUAAUACUAAGUACUAUUAGACAUAUAAUUAGUAUUACUUGAAUAUUUUAUAUCCUGAAAUUCCAUUUGAGUAUAUCGACUGAAUUUAUAUAGCUUCCAUAAUUAUGUAGUUGCUGUGGCCAUAUUCCAAUGUUAUAUUUUGUAUACCAAAGAUCAUGUCUAAAGAACAAAAUAUAUUUAUGUGUAUUCUCAAAUAAAGUUUUUAUUAGAUUA